ACUCUGCUCAGGGCAGAGCCUUUUGCUUAUUGCUUCCAUCCCACACAAAGGAUCUUCAAGUUACUUUAUGAUCACUUUUCUAAAUACCUCAUACCUUCUCUCUCCCUUCUCUCCUAGGCUUCCCUGUCCUCUAGGCGCCAGUGAGAUUCCUGUCCUUCCACAGACAGCUCUGCUCCGUGGGAGGAUUCCUGAAGCAUCUGGCCUGUCCUUGGAGGAGAAUGAGAGCGUCGGUGGCGAAAGGUGCAGCGAUGCCAGUUCCCUUCACACGGAUCUCUCCAGUCUCGUGACCUGGGCACACGCUCACGGGACCAUAUGCAAUCAAAUCCCAGCCUUGGAAAUUGUGCAGAACACGGGCCAUCCCAGCAAGGACAAUUCUGUCCUGUGGAUAUGUGGAGUUGGACACGCGUAUCACUGGCAGUGUGGGAAAUUAUACUUCAGAAGCAGAGAAGAGAAUAAAGGUGGAGAAAAGAGGAGGAGGUUAGUGUCUUCUGAGGCUUCAUCAAGGGAAGGUCAUUUAGGGGAAAGGAGGUUCAGGAUGACCCCGUCUUUUGAGAGGGCUAAAGCAGAUGCUGUUAGCACAGGGUCAUGUAGGAGAUCUCCAGGGGUCCCUCAGCAGACAGACAACACAGUCUAUGUAAUACAUAAUGAACCGUCACCCAGAGAAAAUGGAAAAAACAGCAAAUCCAUGAGACCAUGCUUUGCAGCAGAGAAGUGUUUGUCAGUAUCUGGUGGUGAAGUCAAAACUGACAGACGUAAGGUGAAGGUAGAAAGCAACGAAGAUCUACAAAUCAUCUCUGAUGAAGAACAGUGCAUAUCAGAUGAAGACAACCAAGGAGACAGAAUCAACCAGAAUAUUCUGUCAGAAUCACCAGUUAAAGGUGUAGUUGCUGAGGUAGAUUUGCACACGCAUCACAGUCAGAAGAUGGCAUUUAACAAGCCGACGGCCAUCCAAACAUCUGGCUUCACCCCCGCAGGAAAGGCCCCCCUGACUCUUGCCUGCGUUCUGAAACCCCCCGUCAGCAAUCAAGAGAGCCUGGACAGCAGCUUCUUGAGGCUGGGUCCUCUUAAUCCUGCAGGGUCCAUAACCGACACUUCUAGAGCAAGAAAUUCCUCUGGGUCAGCAAUACUGAAAGAACAUUUAAGAUCUGCUCCUGUCUCCAACAUUGAAGCAAAGGCCCAGCUUGAGUCACCCGCCUCUGUGACAUUCUUUGAGUUUGAAGCCACUGUCGACGUCCAGCAGGAGCUCCAGCUGAGCCCUCCUGAGCACGGCACACCAGGAGUAGGUUUCAGCAUGAACGUCACUGAAAACCCUGGUGAGGGGAGUGAACCGUCAGGAUCUGGGCACACACCUCAUCUCUCAGCCUUACUGAGUCCAGAGAGCAGCAACGCGGACCACCCACCUGCAUCUUCAUGCAAAGAUGGGUUGAAGAAGUGUGAGAAAAAGAGAAAACGUAACAUUGGCGAUAUAAAAACUUUCAAAGACUGGCUGGUUUUACAUUGCCCUUUGGAAACGCGCGAGAUCUAUAACCUGCCACCCGAAGACCUCGAUAAUUACCUGGCCUUGUUCUACAGUUCUGCAAAGAGACGGAACGGCACAGAUUUUUCCGCCAGUUCUUUGCACUUCUACCAGAGCAGCAUAGAGAGGUACCUCAAGGAUCACAGCUACGAGUACAGCGUGGUUAAAGGGCUGGAAUUCAGAGCGUCUCAGGAAGCCUUGAAACUAAAGCAACAGCACCUAUCCGAAAAAGAGAGAGAGGGAGAGUGGAGUAUUUUGGAGAAUCUGACAGACGAAGAUGUGGAAAACCUUCGUAAGAAGGGAAUUUUAAGCAAGAGGAACCCUCAGGGCUUUUUGCACCUCAUGUUCACAAACGCCAUUAGGGGGUUCGGGGCCAGCACGCACAGUCAGAGCCAGGGUCUGUACUGGGGCCAGCUGGUGCUGAGAAAGGAGGAGGGGGAGCUGGAGUACCUGGAGUGGAAGGAUGACCUGAGCGUGGAGCUGAACGCGGGGGAGUCGGGCCCGCGUCUCUUUGCCAAGCCCGACAGCCCCGAUAGCUGCCCGGUGGCGGAUUACAAGGAGUACGCCAGGAGGAGGCCCCUGGACAUGCUCCACGACUACGACCCGCUUUAUCUCUCACCCAAGCCCCUGUGCUCCAUCUGGGACCAGGUAUGGUACAGCAGGAAGUCAGUGACCAAAGCCAAAAUGGAAAAGAUCAUGAAAGUUAUUAUCCAGCAAGUCAAAGAAUCUGGCAAGAAGUCCAAGAAAUAAAGGUGUCCAGUGAGUUCCUGCUGUGCCACUUUUUGACAGGAGCAUGUUUUAGAGCAGGCUCUGAAAGGUUUAAGUGUCAAUAUUUAGGAUAGGUCGAGGAGAACGUCCUCCUCUUCAGUUACACCUUAAAACAUCAACAUCUGCAUUCGUGAUUCCAUUGACACGUGGUGA